AUGACUAGAGAAUCGAUAUCCUCAAAAUCUGAUCAACUUUCUCGUAAUACAAAUUCUUCAUUAUUAUUGACAUGGUUAACAAGUUUAUUUGGUGGUAUGUUAAUCUCGUCGUGUUGUGUAGUACAAUUACUGUUGAAUUUAUUUUGUAUUGGGUGUGCUGGAUUAAAUACACUAUUAAAACCAUAUAGACUCUUUUUUAUCACUUUUACAUUAGCUAGUCUGAUAUAUUCGUUCUUUAAUCAAUUAAAAAAACCAAAAUCUUCAAGAAAAUGGAAACAAUUUGUGUUCAUUUUACUUAUCACAUUUUUCUUAUCUAUAACACCGGAGCUAUUAAAGAUGUACAAUAAUUCAUAUAAUUUAACAAAUGAUAUGAAUGAUUUAACAACGACAAGUCAAUGGCAGAUAACGGGAAUGGCAUGUGAAGGAUGUCGAUCGGCUAUAAUACAAAGUUUAAAAAAACUGGACGGAAUUUCUUCCAUUGAUAUUGAUUUAAAUACUGGACUAUGUCAAAUAAGACAAAGUAACAAGAUUGUUUUGGAUGAUAAACAGAUUGAAAAUGCAGUGAAGAUCGCUGGAUUUCAAGCAAAAAAAUUAUUAAACAAUAGUUGA